AAAACACAGUGCUUACUAUCAAGGGUGUUUGUGUCUAAUACUCUGUCAAACCAUGGUGGACUACUAUGAAGUUCUAGGAGUGCAGAGAUAUGCGUCACUGGAGGACAUUAAAAGAGCUUACCGUAAAGUGGCACUUAAAUGGCAUCCUGAUAAAAAUCCAGAAAAUAAAGAAGAAGCAGAGCGAAAAUUCAAAGAAGUCGCCGAGGCAUAUGAAGUAUUAUCAAAUGGUGAAAAACGGAACAUUUAUGACAAAUAUGGCAAAGAAGGAUUAAAUGGCAGAGAUGGAAGUCAUCUUGAUGAUGAAUAUGAGUAUGGCUUUACAUUCCGUAAGGCAGAUGAAGUCUUCAAAGAGAUUUUUGGUGAAAGGGACCCAUUUUCAUUUCACUUCUUUGAAGACUCACUUGAGGACCUUUUGAGCAGUUCGAGAAGCUCUAGUGGAAGCAGAAGCAGAGGCACCGGAUCCCUUUUCUCUUGUUCGUAUGACCACCCAGUGUUUGCCAAGCUUUCUUCUUAUGACACAGGAUAUACGUCUUACGUUUCACUGGGGCACGAGGGCCUUACUUCAUUCUCUUCCCUGGCAUCUGAUGACACUGGGAUGGGCAUACCCAUCACACCUUCAGGCAGAAUUGUUAAUGGAAGGAACAUCAAUACAAAGAAAACCUUUGAGAACUAUCAAGAAAGAGAAGCUGAGGAUGAUGGUGAGUUGAAAUCCUUUCUUCUAAAUAGUGUGGCAGAUGAAGAGGGCUUUGCAGAAAAACGACACUGGAGAAGACAGUCGCUCAACAACUAUUCAUCAAACUCCUACAGCCCCCCAAACAUAUCUCAAUAUACUACUGUGGACAACAAUGAACAAGGUACACCUUGGGUCACCAGCAAGAAGGAGCCUUCCAUUUUCUCAGCAGGAUUCAAAGAAGGUGGUAGGAGAAAAAAGAAGAAGCACAAAGAGGGGCAGCAGAAGAAGUCAAACAAAAGGAAUCACUAAUUACCUCUUCAGACACAUUAUGAGCAUAUAACAUUUAAACACCACUCUUUUGUGUGUUUUGGUUAAUCAAAGAGUUUCAUAGAUAAUAUUUGUUAAUACUAUGUAAGAAUAGGUGGGGGUCUUUGGUUUUGUUUUGUUUUUGUGUGUUUUUGAGACAGGGUCUCAACUAUGUACCCUAGGCUGGCCUGGAACUUGCUACAGAGACAAGGAUGGCUUCAAACUCACAGAGAUCUGCCCAUCUUUGCCUCUCAGUUGCUGAGAUUGAAGGUGUACACUACCAUGCCUGGCUUAAAUUUUUUUUUUUUUACAGGAUUAUGGACAUUUGGUCAGUAGUUGUGUGAAUAAGUUAUAUCAGAAAAGGAUGAAUUUGUGGGAACAGUUAUUUUAAAACUAUGGGAAACUACAAAGACUUUUAAUGUUUUAUUUACUUUUGAGUUUUUUGAGCAUUUUCCCCAAGAGUUUAUGACCCAUUUAAUUCCUUUAGUACCAUCACAAACUCCUGGUAAAUGUAUAUUAGGAGAUAAAAGUCUAUGAAGGAUUAUAGGUUCAGAUUCUAGCAGUAUUUUCUUUUAAGUUUGAAGUAAUCAGUCAUAUCUUUUAAGUUUGAAGUAAUCAGUCAUAUCUGUACAGAUGUUCACAGCAGCUCUGCUCACAGUAGCCAAGAGGUAAGAACAACCCAAAUGCUCAUUAAGGACCUAAGAUAUUAACAAAAAUUAGUAAGUAGCCACACUUAUGAGCAUAUGCAUGCCUACGAGCAUGUACACACACACACACACACACACACACACACACACACACACACAGACAUGCAGUCUCCUGAUAGUCCCUUCCUCUGAAUUUUUGAAAUAUUAAAAUCUUAAGAUGCUAAGUGAAAUAAGCCAGUCACCCAUAAACAAAUAUUAAAAAGUAAAUGUUACACAGUAUCUAAAGCAGUCUAAUUGAGAUAGAAAGUGGGGAAGAAGCUGUUUUGUGGGUACAGAGCUUUAGAUCUGCAAAAUAAAAACAUACUGGAACCUCACUUCUCAACAAUGUGAAUAUAUUAAUAUCAAUGAACUGCACAUUAAAAAUGUCUAACAUGGUAAACUAAAUUUAGUGUGUAUUAUACUACAAGGAUUACCCACAAUUCCUUGGAAUAAACAUGGCUGUAUCAUGAGCUGCAGGUCACCAGCCACUCUCUCCAGAUAAGAAAUGUUUUAGUUUUAUUGUGUCUGUAUGUAGGAUCUACAAAUGCUUUACUAUAAAAUAGCUACAGCUAAUUCAUUUGAAGAUCAUGUUGGGAGAAAAAAUGGUAAAUUACAAAUGCAUUAGGUACCAAACAAAUGGUUUGAGCUGAAUACUUUUUAUUUAAAUUUGUUUCUUUUAAAAAUAAAUUAACGGGGCUGGAGAGAUGGCUCAAUGGUUAAGAGCACUGGCUGCUCUUUCCAGAGGUCCUGAGUUCAAUUCACAGCAACCACAUGGUGGCUCACAGCCAUCUGUAAUGAGAUCUGGUGUCCUCUUCUAGCAUGCGGGCAUACAUGGAGGCAGAAUGUUGUAUACAUAAUAAAUUUAAAAAAAAAAAACAAAACAAAACCAAAAAAACAAAGAAAAAAAAUAAAUUAACUUGGGGCUGAAGAGAUGACUCAGCGGUUAAAACCACUGGAUGCUCUUAAAGAGUACCUGGCUUCAACUCCAGCACCUGCAUGGCAGGCAGCUCACACCUGUCUGUAAUUCCAGCUCCAGGAGUUCUGACACCUUCACACAGAUAAAAUAUGCACAUAAAAUAAAAAAAACCUUUUACUUUAACCCUGUCAUAUCUUAGCUUUCUGUAAUGCUUCCAUCUUCAUGAUGCUUCUCCACAUUUUAUUCAUCCUCUCAGCCACUGAACACUGAGCACUAUGAUUUGAGGGCCUACUGCCUGUUGAGUGAGCAGAGUAAGGUAUUUGAGGGACACACAGCACUAUGCAAACAAAAGCCACUGAGUCUACAAACUGGAGACAUAUCUAAGUAAAACAGGAUUUGCUAGGUUUUUUUAGUUGCUUGAUUAAAGAGAUGGAGCAAAGAAAUUUUGGAGUAUAGAAUUAUAAUUUUUCCAUGUGGCUAUUUGAUGAAACAAUCCCAGAUAUUGGACUAGCAAGGUGUAACAUUCCUGCUGUAGGCUGCAUGGGAGGAGUCUGAGGAGCACUAAGACCAGUGCUGCAGGUUAAGGAUAGCAAAUGGACGAAGCCAAAGCCCUGAAAGAAAGCAGAUUCUUCAGGAGCUGCUUGGUUCACAAGCAUGUUAACUACUGCAUGGGAGGAAGUAAGCCACAGGAGGCUCCGAGGAGAGGAAUCACAUAUUCAAAUUGGACUUCUUCGCAGUUGCCAAAAGACUCAAGCAAGGGUAGAAAAAGAGAAAUUAAAAUAUUGCCACAGUUUGGUCCAAGGUGGUGGCAAUGGGGUCUGUGUGACUUAAAAGUGAUAGCAUUAGGAUAUACUAAAAAGGUAGAACGAACAGGUUAUGCUGAUAGGGUAUGACAGAAGUGGAGACCAACAGGCUUUGGAACACAGGAAACAGCAGCGCAGGGGCUAAGUUUUGGCUAUGCUACACAAACUUUAUUAAGCAUGAAAACAAUUUGCUGCAUGACUUGUGUUUACACAAUCUGUCAUUAACUUCUUCCUUUAUUACAUUAUUGGCCAUAUAUGUAUCCUUUUUUCUUUUUGUAUUUUAGAAAUGUAAUUAUUGUCAAUUCUAAGCAUUAUCAAGCUUCUAGUCCCAAAAUUCUUAUAAAUUACAGUAUUAAAGGGUGCAAACAAAUCAUCCAGCAACACUGAAACCUAUCACCUUUGUUCAAACACUAAACUGAAAGCCAGAAACAACUUACUUUCCUUCCUUUGAUCUGUUUUUCAAGGCAGGUUUCUCUGUCUGUUUACCUACCUACCUACCUACCUAUCUGCUUUUCAAGACAGGUUUCUCUGGUUGUCCUAGACCAGGCUGGCCUCAGCCUUGAAUCAAGAGAUCACCUGUUUUUGCCUCCAAAGUGCUGGGAUUAAAAAAAAAAAAUUCUGUGCCACCACCGUCGGUAUAACUACUAUUUUUAAAUAAUUCCCAUAGCAAAUGUAAACUUUUGCUUAGUAUUGUCUGAUUCUCAGUGGGGAGGAAAGGUAAUUUAUCCUUUAGGAGAAACUGGGGACAAUUAGCAUCCAAAGUUAUUUUCAGAAAAUCAUAAAAGCUUAGACUAUUUUAAAUGCCAUUAACAUAAAAUGUGUCACUUAGAUUAACCUGUCUCCAUGAAGGAGUAAGGUUGGAAAUAAGAAAAUCCAUUUCCAGAACCAAAACCCAACAUCUCAAAAACAGCAAGACUGUAAUUAUAUGUCCUCCAAUUCAUCUCUCCUUUCUUUGAGCUGGAUUUCAUGUAGCUCAGGCUGGCCUUGAACUUGCUAAGAAGCCAAGGAUGAACAUGAACUUUUGAUCCUCCUGCCUCUAUCUCCCAAGUGCUAAAAUUAUAGGAAUGUGCUACCACAUCUGGCCCUUUAUCCACUUUUAGCUAAAAAUUUAGAUUCAAUUAUCUUUCUCAAUGUUUAAAUUAAAAAAAAAAAAGCUAGCUGACUGGAGGUGGUAGCACACACCUUUAAUCCCAGCACUUGGGAGGCAGAGGCAAGUAGAUCUGUGAGUCUGAGGCCAGCCAGGUCUACAAAACGAGUUCCAGGACAGGCUCCAAAGCUACACAGAGAAACCCUGUCUUGAAAAACAAACAAACAAAAAUGGUGUAAGAGGUCCUUCUGUGUUUGUGUUGCUUUCAUUGGUUAUUAAAGAAACUGCCUUGGCCUAGUUGAUAGGGUGGAACUCAGGUAGGCAGGGAUGACAGAACAGAAUUCUGGGAAGAAGGGCAGAUUGGCAGACACCAUGGUUCUCCUGCCCAAGACGGACGCUGGUUAGAAUCAUGCCGUCAGCCACAGUCAAGUGGAGAUACACAUUAAUGGAGAUGGGUUAAACUAAUAUGUGAGAGUUAGCCAAUAAGAGGCUAGAGAUAAUGGGCCAGGCAGUGUUUAAAUGAAUACAGUUUCUGUGUGAUUAUUUCGGGUGUAAGCUAGCUGGGCGGCCAAUACCAAAAGCAGGCCCUCUCUCCUCACAACAGAGUGGUGCCCAACGUGGUAAACAGACUCCGUGUAAAAUCCGAGAGAGCUUCAAAAAGAAUACAGAGUUUAACACAGCUUCUUGCUGUUUGCUGGUGGCUUGCUGCAGCUGCUUUAAGAGAUUUUCCUGAUUCAGCUGUAGCAAAAACAAAACAAAAAACAACAACAAAAGCCUUGCCAUUUUAGAACAAGGCUUCCUGGGCCCUGCCGCCAGUGCAAACUCUGACUAUGGAGCACUUGUGGGCCCGGAUGUUUGUGUGCCCACUCCGUGUUGAGAACAAAGUACCUGAGACCAUGCCUGUGGCUUGACGCUCCCGGCCUGGGCAGAAUGUUAGCCAAUAAGAGGCUAGAGAUAAUGGGCCAGGCAGUGUUUAAAUGAAUACAAUUUCUGUGUGAUUAUUUUGGGUGUAAGAUAGCUGGGCAGGAUGGAACAAAGGGCCCAUUCCCUUCAACACAAAAGGUUGGGCAGUAGUAGCACCUACCUUUAAUCCCAGCAAUUGGGAGGCAGAGGCAGGCUGAUCUUUGUUGAGUUUGAGGCCAGCCUGGUCUAUAAAGCGAGUUCCAGGAGAGCCAGGACUAUCUCACAGAGAAGCCCUGUCUCAGGGGGGAAAAAGUUCCCCUACUCUCCAGGUUGGUCUUGAACUCAGAUCCACUUACUCCUGCUUUCCCAGUACUGGGAAGUAUGCACCACAAUACCCAGCUCUCAUUGUUUCUUGAUAGAAUCUACAAGGUCUUCACUGAGCCAAAGUCCAGCUUUUUCUAAUAUGUCCAGGAAUUACAGUCCAAGUCUUACUACAAGAUAGAUUUUGUCAGUCACUGCUAAUUACAUCAUCUUCCUUUUAGAAUUUAAGAUUAACUGGGAGUGAACAGAUUGCAGCUUAUGCAUUAGACCAAAUAGUCAUUUUGAUAUAAAUACCUUCAAAUGAUAUAAAUACCUUGAAAAUACUUCAAAACAUUACCAUCCAUAUAAAAUGAAAACACUUCCGGGUUCUACGGCCAUGCAUGUGCGGACAGGCCCUCAGGCAGAAGUGCCUAAUGGUCCCGGGGCCCCCACAUGUGUGGUUAUAUCACACACGGAUGAUUCAGCUAAGACCUUGGGUGCAUGUGUGAGCGCCGUCAUCUGCGUAUGACGUAGUCAAGUCAACCUCCUGUGCACGUGUUAGACAGCUUUUAAAUGAGGGACGUGCCAUUUCUCUCCCUCUCUCUCAACUAAGAGGACUUCAAAUCAGCAAAAUUUGCAGGGCUGGGGUGUGUGUGUGUGUAUAAUUCAGUGGUAGAGUCAGCUCCAGGUUCAAUCCCCAUCACCCACAAUCAACCAACCAAAAAACCUACUCUCACUUCAGAUAUUCAUACCUUCCUCAGGAAAGUUUCUUUUUCUUUUUUUUUGGGGGGGGGAAGGGUCUCAAUUAUGUAGCUCUGGCUGUCCUAGGCCUCACUAUGUAGACCAGGUUAGCCUCAAAUUCCGAGAUCCACCUGCUUCUACCUCCCUAGUGCUAGGAUAAAAAGCAUGCACACAUCACCUGGGUUAGGAAGCUUCUUAAGGCAGUCAAUAGUCUUCAAUCUAGAGCAGUUCUCAGCACGCGGGGUGUGACCCCUUUGGGAGUUGAACGACCUUUCACAGGGGUUGUAUAUCGGAUCCUAUACAUCAGAUGUUUACGCUUCAUAACAGUAGCAAAAUUAUAGUUAUGAUGUAGAAAUGAAAAAAAAAUAUAUUUUUGGUUUGGGUCAGCACAUGAACUCUAUUAAGGGGUAGAAGCAUUAGGAAGUUUAAGAGGCAACGAUUUAGAGUCUUUCUAAAGAAAGGCAACCACAAUGUAGUUGGGGAGGUAAGUUCUGGGAGGAGGGGUGAAUGACUCAAAUACAUUGUAUGGAAGUAUUGACGAAUUAAUAAGAGUAUAUUUUUAAAAAGAAGAGUAAGCAACACCACAGACAGUCCAAGUCCUAUUCACAAGAAACUCAAACCCUAACUCCAUGGAUAGCCAUUGCUUAAAAUGCAAAUGCAUUCCUAUCUUUUCUUUGUUCUGUUAUCCCUUGGGUCAAGAUUGUAAUUUUUCAGCCAUAAGGUCAUCCGUUGCUUGUCUAUCUCCCAAUCCUAGACUGUGAGCAACAGUGGGGAGUAGAGAUGCAUCGACAUUAGCUACUGACUCAAAAGUAACUCAAUGAAAUUGCAGUUUUUGGCUCACAAAAUGAGAAGCGGCAAAAAAACUCUAACUAGCAGAAUUCAGACUCAGAAGUGGUAUAAAGACUAGACAUAACCAUGUAACAAACAUCGGCCUCAAUCGCGGUUCAGUUCCGCAUUGGUAUACUGAAGAUUCAAUGCCUCUCCUUCAUUAAGCUAAAAAAAAAAAAUUUAGUGGGAAUAUAAGAUACUGAAUUUACUUUUCUUAGAGGCAAACUACAAUAAAUUUACAAGAUUUUUAUGUAUUUUAGUUCAGUACCUAGUCCUAAAGCUGGAUCAAAUCGGGGUUUACACGAAGUUCAACAAAGUUAAAGAUCAGAAUCAAGAAGAUGUCUCUGGCUGGUCAUAGGCCUCUGUGAUAAUAACUGAUCAACCGCUCAUUUAUUUUCAUUCCUCCCUUCAAAGGCACAACAAACUUUAAAGAACAAGCUUGGUGCAAUGAACAAUUUUUUUAAAAUAGAAAGCUGAUAUAAAAAAUUCAAUUUCAGCGAGCCCAAGUCUCACACACAAAUGCCAAGACAAGUUUUGAUGUCAAAUACCCUAUUUUCUGGUUAACAUUCUGCACAACUCAUCUGAAAUAUAAUCCAAUAUUUGAUACCCUUGGUAGGUGGAUGACACAUUUUUCAGUAUAAAAUUUUAUGUUAAUCAGAUUAAUUGCUCAUCACACUGUACGCUGAAGGUUAGCGGUCUCUGCGCCGUUUGACUGUUCAUAAAAGACUUUUAGCCAUGUCCCCCUUAUCUCCAGUACUUUGUGAACUGAACUGACAUUUGUUCCUGAACGUGUUUCUUCCAUUUUUCGUGCUAGCUCCCCUUUGAAACCUUUGAAAACCGGACAGAUUUUACGUCGCCCUAACAGAAACAAACGGUACUUGACAUGCAAUACUUUAGCCAAGUUUGAUAAGAGAUACAAAUUCCGAAUUCGAACAUCUUUGAAGACAGUUCCUCGGGCUUUCCCUCUCUUCAGACAUUUCAGCUUCCCAGAAUAUCAAACUAAAACCCACUUUCUCAGAGCAGCUGGUCAAAAGAAAAAUCCGUGGGGGCCCAGGAGCCGACCGGUCUAGAACCAGGCUCAUCAACUUGUAGCUCUUUGGACUGUUUUAGGCUUCUCUAAGGGAAGACUUGGAGGGGACCCCGGCGGGAAAGAC